GCGGGCGGGGCGCGCUCCCGUCGUGCCCCGCGCGAGGGCGGCCGCCAUGUUGUGGAGCGGCGGGGCCGGCGGGUGCUGACGGAGGAGGCGGAGCUGGGCCGGGCCGGGCCGGCUGGUGGCACCGGCGCCGGAGCAGUGCAAGGCUUCCUGCGCUGCUGAGGACUUCAUGAUGUAUUUUGUAUUUUCUGGGAGCAAGUGUGUCCCUCUUAUUUAUGGAGCAUCAUGGUGAAAAGGUGAAAUAAUGACCACCUGCAAGCAAUAAAAAAGGGGUUUCAUUGUGGUGAUUUUCGAAGAAAUCCCCUGCUGAGUGCAUGGUUGUCAUGUCUGCUUGGAUAAGCUUUGCACUGCCAAGAGACAAUGAUAUGCUGCAGUGGGAUGUGUAUUGAAUGAAAACAUCAUUUAUGAAGCACACUAGUUACUGCCUGGACUUCACAAACAUAAAUUCCUGAGCCUGCUGAUCUCUCCAGCCAGCUUCCCACCAUGGAUCAGGACUACGAGAGACGUCUCCUACGCCAAAUCAACAUACAGAAUGAGAACACAAUGCCUUGUGUAGCAGAGAUGCGAAGAACCUUGACACCUUCCAAUUCUCCAAUGUCUUCUCCUAGUAAGCAUGGUGACAGAUUCAUUCCCUCAAGAGCUGGGGCCAACUGGAGCAUCAACUUCCACAGAAUAAAUGAAAAUGAAAAAUCACCAAGCCAAAACAGAAAAGCAAAGGAUGCUACAUCAGACACUGGCAAAGAUGGCCUUGCCUAUUCUGCCUUGUUGAAGAACGAACUCUUGGGGGCAGGGAUUGAGAAGGUGCAGGACCCCCAGACAGAGGACAGGAGGCUACAGCCAUCCACCCCAGAGAAGAAAUCUCUCUUCACUUACUCGCUCAGCACAAAACGCUCCAGCCCGGAUGAUGGCAAUGAGGUCUCACCGUAUUCCCUGUCUCCUGUCAGCAACAAAAGUCAGAAGCUGCUAAGAUCACCUCGAAAACCAACUCGGAAAAUCUCCAAGAUUCCUUUCAAAGUGCUGGAUGCCCCAGAGCUGCAGGACGACUUCUACCUGAACCUGGUGGACUGGUCCUCUCUUAAUGUCCUCAGUGUUGGCCUUGGGACUUGUGUUUACCUGUGGAGUGCUUGUACAAGUCAGGUAACCCGGCUGUGUGACCUCUCUGUGGAAGGCGAUUCUGUGACAUCCGUGGGCUGGUCAGAGCGGGGAAACUUGGUGGCUGUCGGUACUCACAAGGGCUUUGUACAGAUCUGGGAUGCAGCUGCAGGAAAGAAGCUCUCCAUGCUGGAGGGUCACACAGCCAGAGUUGGUGCCUUGGCGUGGAACGCGGACCAGCUCUCGUCCGGGAGCCGGGACAGGAUGAUCCUGCAGCGGGACAUCCGCACCCCACCCCUGCAGUCUGAGCGGCGGCUCCAGGGACACAGGCAGGAGGUCUGUGGGCUCAAAUGGUCCACAGACCACCAGCUCCUGGCCUCUGGAGGGAAUGAUAAUAAGCUCCUUGUCUGGAAUCACUCCAGCCUGAGUCCUGUCCAACAAUACACAGAGCACCUGGCAGCAGUCAAAGCCAUUGCCUGGUCCCCACACCAGCAUGGGCUCCUGGCCUCGGGUGGGGGCACAGCUGACCGCUGCAUCCGCUUCUGGAACACACUCACGGGGCAGCCCCUGCAGUGCAUCGACACUGGGUCCCAGGUGUGCAACCUGGCCUGGUCCAAACACGCCAAUGAGCUGGUGAGCACCCAUGGAUACUCCCAGAACCAGAUCCUCGUCUGGAAAUACCCCUCGUUAACUCAAGUAGCAAAGCUCACAGGGCACUCUUAUCGAGUUCUGUAUCUGGCAAUGUCCCCUGAUGGGGAGGCUAUUGUCACAGGAGCUGGAGACGAAACCUUGCGCUUCUGGAACGUCUUCAGUAAAACUCGCUCAACAAAGGAGUCUGUAUCUGUGCUCAACCUCUUCACCAGGAUACGAUAAACCCCCUCCCUGUGCCCCAGGAACCUACAGCCUGACAUUCCAGGAUCAGACCACUCCCUUGGUGUGCAUGGACCCUCGGAGCCCAGCCAAGGGGAGGGAGAGCUGUGGGACUGGAGGAGGACCCAGCUCAUUAAAUAUGUGCUUGUGAACCACAGGGCUGGGCAGUAUUUGGGAUAGGGUGGGGAGGGGAGGGAACUGCCAAAGGUUAUUGGAUUCAUCCUUCAUAAAGGGAAACGGGUAAAAGAGAAAUGUUAACCCAGCAUCAUCCAGCCGUUGGGAUGGUACUGGGGAGGACUCGUGUGACAUGGACCAUUGAGACUGGACUGAGGCCAUCCUCACUGCCAUGGUGUGCCUCCUGCGAGAGAGGAGCAUAUCCUUGCUGCUGUGGGAAGGGGUUUGACAUGCUGCUCUGUGUCAUAGAGUGACAUCUCUAGGGACAGGAGCCAGCCAGACUGGUCCGGUACAGCUGGUGCAAGGGGCACAGCUCCAGGCUGGGCAUCUAAGGGCUUUGUUCAUAGCCUGGCAUCCCCAUUCCAGGAAGAAACUGGAGAACUGCCUAUUUUCCUUUUUUUUCUUUAUUUUUUCCCCCCAGACAGGUACUGUAGUACUUGACAUGAUCAUUCCAUAAGACAGCUUGAUUUUUUUGGCAUGCUUGACAGCUGCCUCCGAACAAAUACACUUUGGGGCUCUAGACUUUGGAGGAGACUUGAAAAAGCUUCACCUCUAAGGGAGCAGGAUUGGGAAGUUCUGCAGUUGGCUGUUUCAUAUUCUGGGCUGAUCGUGGGAGUUACCAGAGAGGAGAAGUAAGUACUUUAUAAAAAAAGAAACCCACCCAACCACCUGUGCAUGUGGAGCUUCUUUCACUGCCACCAGGUGGGGUGCCUUUGCUCUGGAGUCUCCCAGAGGCCAAAAGCAGUUGGGAUGUGUUUGAGAACAGAAACAAAUCCUGAAGUUUUGAUUUUUGGGGUGAGCAGGGCCUCUUCUGGCUGGAAGAGGGGUUCUUCUGAAGCAGGGCUGCAGUGUUGAUUUUUUAUUAUCUCCAAGUCCCAGACAGGGACCUGCUGUUGAGUUUUGGUGUGUGGUUUGGGAUUUUUAGAUUGUGUGGGACAAGAGUUUUGGCUGAGAGUUGGAGUCCAUGGAACGUAACACAAAUGCUCUGUCUGUGUUUGUUGCUUUUAAUUUAAGAGAAGCUGGGAGGCUGUGCUGCCUGUUCCAUCUGACCCAUGCCUGUGCCUACCCUGCCCUCUCCCAGCGUCACUUCCUGUUCCCAUGUGGAAUUCCCUGGCUGUAUAUAUAGACUUGUCCUCUCUCUGUACAUUGCAUAGGUGGUGCUUUCUCUUUCUUUUUUUAAUCUGUUGUUUUGUCUUCUCUCCCUUCUUUCCCUAAAACCAGGCAGUAGGAAUAUGAUUGUCUGUCCUCCCCAGUACCACCAGUAUCCUUGGCAUGAGCCAAGGUGUGAGAAGGCCAAUACAGCCUUGACCAUACGUGCCAUCACAGCAGUGCCUGGAUCAGGCUGGUGGUGCUGUGCCUGUGUUGCACAUACUGGGAGUCACUGGUGAGGAGCUGGUGUGCUGGGAGUCCCGUGGCAGUCUCCCAGGCCCACAGGCCACUUUGUCAUCUCACAGUCUCACUUGCCACCAAAAUGGAAUUUCCAUGGAGUUUCUGAAACACUGAGCUCAACUGCCCACUUGUGGGCACUGUUCCACAUCACCAUGGGUUGGGAGCACCCCAAAGCACCCAGGAGGUGUUAAAUUGACUUGCAUCAUUAACUUAGGGAAUGGGUUUGAGACAAAGGGUCACCUGAAGCAAGAGGUGGUCUGUUGUGGGUGUCAUCACCUGGGGAAAGAGCUGUUUAGGGGGGCUGGGGAGAGGCUGGUGCCUCUCCUCUACAGGAGGUUGUGCUGUAGAUUUUCCUGUUGUGGAUUGCCUCCUGCUAAAUAGCACUGUGCAGACCCCCAGGACACACUACUUUCUCCUCUGAAGGUGUAAGUGCUUGGAUUGAGGGCACACAGGAGGUCUCAGCCCAUUCUGGAGCUGGAGGGAACCAGGCACCCAUGUGGAGUGCAGUGAUGCUGUGGUGAUGAUUAGGCUCCCCAGUGCCCUGGGGCUCCAGAGGAGUGGAUUUGCCUCUCACCCUUUGAUGGGGGAACUUCCUCAAGGAGUCCCAGAAGCUGCUGGGGGGAGUGGCAGUGCUGUGGGGUGGGCAGUGCCAGGUGGGCACUGCAGCCACUGCCCAGUUCUCCCAGCUGCAGAGUAGGGAUAGCUCCUCAUUGCUCUGUCCCCACCAUUGUCCCCUCUUGCUAAGGACUUUUCCAAACUACAUCUUGUGUCUACAUCUCACUUUUCUGUCUGCCUUGGGAGCAGGUUGGCUCGUGUUGGCUUCUCUUAUUGCACUUGGCAGGGAGGCUGGUGAUUCCCAGGCCGGGGUUAGUGAUUCCCAGGCCAGGACUGUUCUGUGGCCACACGUGUUGGUGACAGAGCGUGGCAAGAACAGGCUGCUCACCCUGAUCUGGCUGUCAAAGCCCACUACAGCCCCACUCCCAGCUGCCAGGCAGGAGCUCCCAGUUGUACCUGUGUGGAGGUGGGUGUGUGCAAGUGUCUCAGGGUGAUACUGUCACUGUCACUGGCUGCUCAAGAGGGAAAAGGACAGGUCUGAGGUGAUGUGUCAGUGUGUGUGACCUGUGGGCACUGGCUCAGGCACAGGGUUCUCCCAGAGCUGGGUGACAGAGUCUGUGGCAUCGUUGUAUCCCAGGUGUCAUGUGAUCGAAAACAAAGAUGGAGCACGCUGUAAUUUUUUCAUGUAAAGCAAUUGAACUGGCAUUAAACAGGUUGUGAAUUUAUUUGGAUUGGUCUCCAUGGCUCCGCUUUGAUUCUCCACAGCGAAGGAUGCAGCAAGGCCCCAGGGUCUCCACCCCACCUCUGCAGGUACCAACUUUCUUGGCACAGCUCUCACCUGAGGUUUAUUGCUCCCUGUUUGCUUUCCUGCUGCUGGCAAAGGGCACAGCCCCGCCCCUUCCCUGCCCUGUACCCCUCAGCAUGGCAGGAAGGAGGAAAAGUGGCCUCUGGCCUGGCACAGCCCCUCCUUGGGCGGGGAAUGGCUGCUGUGAGACCCCUCUGUCCUGCGGGCCCUCGAGUGAGGAGUCCUGCUGUCCCCAUGCAGGUGGGACCCUCACAUGGGGCGGCAUGUCCUCCCUGGCACUGUAGCCCUGUGGACAGGGGACACCUCUCCAGUGGGGUACAACCCUGUGCCCCCACGCCUGUGCCUUUUUCCAGCCCUCAGGAGGGACAUGAAACCCUGGUAGCUCCCUCCCCACAGUGACUGGUGUCUUAUGCUGUGCAGCCUGCUGCUGGAAGACCCCCUGGGCUGGGCAGUGUGGGACAGAGCUGGUCCAUGGGGCUGAGCAACAGGAUGAGGAGGGGGAGGAUCCCAACCUUGGCAUCACCCACUGCUACUGCCCAGGCACAGAGCUGAGUUGUGGGUUCGGGGAAGGAAUGGCCAGGAAAUGGCAAAGAGAAAGGACCUGUCAAUGCCUGAGUUUCCCCACCUUGGUGCUUGGGAGAAGUCCCAGGGCCCCUUAACUGGUCCAGAGUGGGAUUAAGCUCCAGGGCUUUGGGCUGGGUGGAUCCUUCUGUGAGGUGCAGGUUCUGCUGUGCCCCCAGCUCUGCUCCCACCCCCAGCUUAUGCUCAGAACCUGUGGGAGCCCAUUAUCCCCACCAUGUACCUGUGACCCUGCACCUGCUGGAACCCCUUCCUUUGGCAGGUGAGCCCUGUCCUAGGGAAGGAGCAGGCUAAGAGCCAGGGCCUGGCCAGCUGCAGGGCCCUGGGGCUCCCUGAUGCACCCUCACCACCC